GGCACCGCCUUGGACACCCAAACGUGGGGUCCUUCCGCAGCUCAGGGCCCUGCCCGCGCAGGCAGGCGGCUUGAGUUGUCCGUGCGCAUGCUCCUGCUCUCUCUCUUCCGGGCUGAUCAUGGCGGACAAGGAGGCAAAGAAGGUGCCAUCUGUCCCGGAAAGCCUCUUGAAGAGGCGACAGGCUUAUGCAGCUGCAAAAGCCAAACGUUUGAAGAGGCUGUUGGCACAAAAAAAGUUUCGUAAAGCGCAAAGGAAAAUCAUCUAUGAAAGGGCCAAAGCUUACCAUAAGGAGUACAGACACAUGUAUAGACAGGAGAUCCGUAUGGCCAGGAUGGCCCGAAAAGCUGGUAAUUACUAUGUUCCAGCUGAACCCAAGCUUGCAUUUGUCAUCAGGAUAAGAGGUAUCAAUGGUGUCAGCCCCAAGGUCCGCAAGGUGUUACAGCUUCUUCGCCUGCGCCAGAUUUUUAAUGGCACCUUUGUGAAGCUCAACAAAGCUUCUAUCAACAUGCUGCGGAUUGUUGAGCCCUAUAUUGCAUGGGGUUAUCCCAAUCUGAAGUCUGUGCAUGAUUUGAUCUACAAGCGUGGUUAUGGCAAGAUCAACAAGAAGCGCAUUGCUCUGACCGAUAACUCCCUGAUUCGGAAGCGCCUUGGAAAACUUGGCAUCAUCUGCAUGGAAGAUGUGAUCCAUGAAAUUUACACUGUUGGCAAGAACUUCAAAGUUGUGAACAACUUCCUUUGGCCCUUCAAGUUAUCCUCUCCUCGGGGUGGAAUGAAGAAGAAAACAAUCCACUUUGUGGAGGGUGGGGAUGCUGGUAACAGAGAAGAUCAGAUAAACAGACUGAUAAGGAGAAUGAACUAAUGAUUCAGAUGCCCAGCAGCAAUUUUUCAAAGUCUGGUCUGUUAAUAAAAUCUUCUUGCACAAAA